CUGAACACAAACAAGCCACUCAAAUAGAUUUCAAUGGAAGCCAUCUUUAAGUUCUUCAUUGCUGCAAUUCUCUUUGCAACCUUCAUCGCCAAAGGCAACUGCCAAUGCUUUCCAGUGAAUAUCACAGUGAGCCAGGUUAAAACAGGAGUGCUAGUGCAGAAUAAGCCAGAAUGGGCAGUGACAGUCUCAAAUCCCUGCCGAUGUGUAGUGGUGAACCUGGUAUUAUCGUGCUCUGGGUUUCGGAGUGUACGAGAGAUUUCCCCUUUUGUUCUGGCCAAGUCUGGGGACAGGUGUCUUGUUCACAAUGGUUAUCCUAUUGGUGCCUCCCGUACAUUUAAGUUCAGCUAUGUUUGGGAUCAUGAAUUCCCAUUUAAGCCUGUUUCUUUAUAUGCCUCCUGUCCUUGAACAGGAUUUGUCUUUUAAAUUGUUAUGAAGUUAUUAUCAUUCAUGUUUGGAGUUCAAAUUACUCUUUGCAGGAUGGAAUGGAAUAAAACACUAAUAAGUACCAUUAAUCACA